AUGUUUAGAAAUAAUUACGACAACGACUCCGUCACGUACUCCCCCACAGGCAGACUUUUCCAGGUGGAAUAUGCCUUGGAGGCCAUCAAACAGGGGAGUGCUGCUGUUGGUAUCACCUCAGGCAGUCAUGUAGUAUUGGUGGCUUUGAAGAGAAAUGCCGAGGAAUUGGGCAGCUACCAGAAGAAAAUCAUCAAGGUGGACGAUCACAUGGGCAUUGCCUUGGCCGGAUUGGCGCCCGACGCCCGCGUCUUGUCCAACUACUUGCGUAAACUUGCCAUGAACUCCAAGCUUGUGUUCAACAGACCGUUGCUGACAAGCAAGGCUGUUUUGUCGAUUGCCGACAAGGCGCAGGAGAACACGCAACUGUACGGGUCCAGACCUUACGGUGUGGGGUUGCUCGUGGCUGGCUGGGAUGAGACUGGUGCUCAUUUGUACGAGUUCCAGCCUUCGGGGUCUGUGUUGGAGUACAACGGUGCUGCCAUCGGUGCACGUUCGCAGGCUGCCAGAACCUACUUGGAGCGUAAUUUGGAUGCCAUCCGUAGCUGUACUGAGAUUGAGGAGCUUGUGGUGCACGGCUUGAAUGCUUUGAGAGACACGUUAUCGCAAGACAUGGAGUUGACGAUCCAAAACACAUCUGUCAGUUUCGUAGGAAAAGAUAAAGACUUCACCAUCCAUGACAAUGAAGAUGUGCAACAGUGGUUGGACAAACUCGACUCCACCAGUAACGACAAGAACAACGCCAACGACGACGAGGAUGACGACAACGAUGAACCUGCCGAGGGAACUGCCACUGCUGCAGACUCCACGCAGCCAGAGCUGACGCAAGAAGGAGCGGCAGCAGAUGACAACAUGGAGACCGACUGA